GACACUUUUCAGCCAACGUGUUGUCACGUGACCCGAUUUCCGCCAUCUUGUGGAUACGAAUCGAGAGACGCCACUCGCACACAAACUCAGCGCUGUCAGUAAAAGUAGAGACUUUUAAGGAAAAUGGCAGAAACCCAGACACUCAACUUUGGACCAGAAUGGCUUCGCGCCCUGUCUGGAGGCGUGGGUAGCAGUAGCGUGGCCUCCCCUCCGCUCUCUCCCGCAAUGCCAAAGUAUAAACUCGCAGACUAUCGUUAUGGAAGAGAAGAGAUGCUAGCACUUUAUGUAAAGGAUAACCUGGUUCCUGUAGAUCUUCAUGAUAAGGAAUUUCUACCUAUUUUACAAGAGGAACCCCUGCCGCCGUUGGCGUUAGUUCCAUUUACAGAGGAGGAACAGAGAAAUUUCUCCAUGUCUGUAAACAGUGCGGCAGUUCUCCGUCUGAUGGGAAGGGGAGGGGGUACAGUGGCAGGGGCACCCAGAGGACGGAGUACCUCACGGGGACGAGGGAGGGGUAGAGGUGAUGGAGGAUUUUACCAAAGAAGCUUCGAUGAUGUGGAGGGAGGUUUUGGUCGUGGAGGACGAGAGAUGCAUCGUUCUCAGAGUUGGGAGGAGAGGGGAGACAGACGGUUUGAAAAGCCAGGUCGAAAAGAUCCAGAUGGUGCACCAGCUCAUUUUCCAGUCAAUAAUGUACGGGCCAACUAUGAGGAUGGAGCUGGGAACACUCGAAAGGUUGAGUUUAUACGUGAAAACUGGCGUACGUCUCGAGACGAGCAGAACGGAGAGGAUGAUGACGGGGGCUGGAGGCUUGCGGGAUCUCGCCGAGAACCCGAGCGAUGGUGUCCCCCGAGUCCAGAUGGCCCACGGUCCGCAGGGUGGCGGGAACACCCGGACCAACGGCGGCGCUUUCCGUUCGACUCGAGGGACGAGGAACGCGCCGGUUACCGUAGACCUCAGUCGGGUAGUGGCAGCUUAGAAGAGGAGAGAGACAGUUUGCCAGAAUGGUGUCUUGAAGACGCUGAGGAGGAGACGGGGACGUUUGACUCCUCGGGGGCCUUCCUCUCACUGAAGGUGAGAACAUAUGAAAAAGCUCCUAAGGAGCCAAUUUUGGAAGAGGCGGAGCUGGACUUCCGGCCGCUGGAGGAGAGUGAAGAAUAUAUGGAAAGAGAUGACGGCGAAUCGGAACAAACCAAAGAUGCUGACAAAGACACUAGACAUGGGACGGAAAGAAGUGAAGGAGGCAGUAAAUCAGAGGAGCCGUCACCAGUGGCUGUACCGUUGUCAGCAGCGGUUACUCCUCCCCAACCCAAAACCCCUGCACCUCCUCCUACUGUUCACCCAGAUCAAACCAGAGAAAGUGAGAGAGCACCGGAGAGAGUAACAGUACCAGAACUCAGACCAGAACCAUCUAAAGCACCACUACACACAACCCUACCCAACAGCAUCGUGGAGGCCAUUUCCAUACCACAUAUCACUAACACGAUCUCUGAUCUUUCUGUCCCGUCACCAUCAGUGCUUCCUGCUCAGCCAGUUUCCAUUCAGACCCAGCAGGUCAAACCUCUGGAGGUGCCGGUGGCUUCACUUCUCCACUCCACAGGCAUUGUGGGUCCCAUCGGUCGGCCCUCUGUCUUGCCCUCCGACAUGGAUGAAGAUGAGGGACUCAAGCACUUUGAGCAGGAAGCUGAGAAAAUGGUGGCGUACCUGCAGGACGGGGUUCUGGACGAUGAGCGUUUGGCUGCUAAGAUUGGCCACAAACCCACCGCUCUUCCUAUUACUCACGAGGCUGCGUUUAAAUGGUAUUACAAGGAUCCACAGGGAGAGAUCCAAGGGCCGUUCAAUAACCAGGAGAUGUUCGAGUGGUUUCAGGCAGGUUAUUUCACCAUGACCCUGCAGGUGAAGCGAGGCUGCGACGAGGCGUUUCAGCCUCUUGGUGAAAUUAUUAAGGUUUGGGGGAGAGUACCCUUCAGCCCGGGCACGCCACUGCCUCCGAUGGUGGGAGAUCCAGAUCAAGAGAGGAUGAAACGUCAACAUGAGAUUAACGCUCUAAAUAUGAUUCAGUUACAGCAGCUGCAAUAUCAAUACUUACUCAGGCAACAGUACGCUCAGGCUUUGGCUCAGCAGAAGGUUUUAAGUGCGCCCCCUCCUCCUCCCACACAACAACAGCAGCAGUUAAACCUUCUCCUUCAUCAAGCCCUCAAAAUAAGAACUCCAGAGCCGCAACAGAGCCUCUUACCUCCGGUCACGCGUUCCAUGUCGGUUCCAGAUUCAGGAUCUGUAUGGGAAUUACAGAACCCUUCGACCCAGGCCUCCUGUGCUCCAAACCUGCAGCCGGCCGCUCCCAGCACUUGGGAUGGGAGUAGCGUGUGGGACCUUCCAAUGGACUCCAUGGCUCAGGUGUCUUCCAUUGAACAGAUGCAACAAAUGGAGAAAGCCAAAGCUAUGAAGCUGGAGAUUGAAAGACGUGAGGCGGAGCUUCGAGCUAAACGGGAAGAGGAGGAGAAGAAACGACUGGAAGAGGCUUUACGUGCCCGACAGGAGGAGGAGCGGAAACGUUUAGAAGAAGAAGAGCUGGCACGCCGAAAACAGGAGGAGGCUCUCCAGAGACAGCGGGAGCAGGAGGAGGCGGCCCGGCGGAAGAAAGAAGAGGAGGAAAGGUUAGCUCAAGAGGAGGCGCUCCGCCGGCUGGAGGAAAGAAGGAGAGAAGAGGAAGAGAGAAGACAAAGGGAAGAAUUCCUCCGCAAACAGCAGCAGGAGGAGGAGCGCAGGAAACAGGAAGAGCUGGAAGCUCUGCGGCGGCUUGAGGAGGAGAAGCGUCAGGAGGAGGAAGCGGCUGCGGCGGCCGCUGCAGCACUGGCGAGACAGCAGCAGGAGGAGCAGAAGAGGAGGGAGCAGGAGGUGCAGAAGCAGCAGGAGCUGCAGAGGCAGCGGCAACAGCAGCAGGAGGCUCUGCGCAGACUGCAACAACAGCAGCAGCAACAGCAGCUCGCGCAAAUGAAGCUCCCUUCAUCUUCUAAGUGGGGUCAACAGUCAGCCACAGCACACGCGCUCUCACAAUCUCAGAACGCUCUAUCGCUCGCCGAGAUUCAGAAACUGGAGGAGGAAAGAGAGCGGCAAGCACUAGAGGAGCAAAGACGACAGCAGCAGGAACUGCAGAAGAGCCAGCAGCAGCAGCAACAGAUGCAGCCCCAGGCGAAGCUCUCAGGUUGGGGGGGACUGACCAAGCAGCCGCCCGCUACCAAAUCUCUGCUGGAGAUUCAGAGAGAAGAGGCGCAGCAGAUGAAGCAACGCAAAGAACAGCCGCAGCCACAGCAGCAACACACGACGGUUACGCAACAAAACCGAACACAGAACCGAGCGACCCUCAAUUCAUCCGUGUGGGGUUCGAUCAAUAAUAUCGGGUCACAGUGGAGUACUGACAGCAGUGUCUGGGGUGAUACUCAGAACUCUAAUUUUGGCUUUUGGGAUGAGGCUGUAAAGGAGACAACUCCACCUCCGGCCACACGCAAGAGCCACAACCAGAAAAACAAGAGCAACGCUAACAUCAGUAAUAGCAGCAGUGGUAAAGCCAGUAAGAAGGUGGAGGAAGAGGAGAAGCUACUGAAACUGUUCCAGGGAGCCAAUAAGAAUCAGGACGGCUUCAUGCAGUGGUGUGAACAGACUUUACACACGCUCAACACUGCCAAUAAUCUCGAUGUCCCGACAUUUGCGUCGUUCCUGAAGGAAGUGGAUUCUCCGUACGAGGUCCACGACUACGUGCGAGCCUACCUGGGUGACACGCCUCAGGCCAAGGACUUUGCCAAACAGUUUCUGGAGCGCCGUGCCAAACAGAACGCUAACCAGCAAAUACCUCAGCAAGGCCAGCAGCAGAAACAACAGGAGUCUCUUUGGGGAAUGACUCAAGUGUUACAGCAGGAUCAUCAUCAUCAUCAACAACAACAGCAGCAGCAGCAGCGGUUCGAGACCGUCACAUCAGGCAAGAAGAAAAAGAAGCAGAAGAUGGUGCGAGCUGAUCCGAGCCUUCUAGGUUUUUCUGUUAACGCCUCGUCUGAGAGACUCAACAUGGGUGAGAUCGAGACGGUGGAAGACUUUUGAGGCCUGCCGAUCGAUCGACAAGCUCUUCAUCGCUGACAAUUUCCCUUCUGAACAUCUGCAUUAAACCACCUUCAACUUUUCCUCUUUAAUGUUAACUUGAUUUUGUUUUCGAGUAAAAUCUGGGCAGCAAGUUUUUCCUCCUGAUCUGGAAGAAACUCCAGUUGCAAUAACAGCGCUGCCCCACGGCCACGAAGAGCACCAAAAACAACACGCAACAGCCCAAAUACAGGACGCCAGAGGCUUGUUUCUGUAAAAGAGGAGACCUUUAUCUCAACAUCAUCGUCUCACUAAUUAUAUUUCAUUCAUUGUGAAUAAAAGGAGUGCAGAGGACAAAAAUAUUAUCCCCAUUACAACUUUCUUUACUUUUAUUUAUUGACCCCCACUCCAUUUGUUUAGUACAUUUCUUCCGUUUUGAUGGCGGACGUUGAUAACAACGUUAGGAGUCAAGGACAUGUAAUAAUCAGUGUCCUGUUUUAAGGGCAUGUUGGAAAGAUCCAGUUAUUCGUUUCUUGUAAAAUAUUAGGCUGUUUAAAGAAUAAACUUUGGAUUCUGCAUCUGUAUUAUAAUAUAUGGAAAUGAUGAACCGGUGGAGUCGUACGUUUUUUUUAUUGCAGUAUGAGAAAUAAAGCAAACAGUCACGUGUGUGGGCUGUUUUAACACAG